AUGAGUAUGUAUUUGUACGAUAACCGUUUGAAAUCUUAUACCUCUAAAAAAAGAAAAUGGCCAUAUAAAGCUUCUGAUGGAUAUAAAGCAACUCCAGAGAUCCUAGCAAAGGCAGGUUUUUACUUUAAACCGUCACAAACUUCUCCAGAUAAUGUAAUUUGUUUCUUAUGUCAUAAGUCGAUGGAAAGAUGGGAUCCAACUGAUGAUCCAUUGGAAGAACAUGUUAAUCAUUCUCCAAAUUGUGCUUGGGCUAUUUGUCGAUGUAUUAAAAGAAAAUUUACGGAUGAUGAAUUGCCUUUUAGUUGGGAUAAUAAGGAACAGUUGCCCACAUCAAAGAAAAUGGAAGAAGUUAGAUUAAAAACCUUUGGCAAUUGGUGGCCUCAUGAUGGAAAAAAAGGUUGGAUUGGAACUAGUAAAAAGAUGGCCAAGGCGGGAUUUUAUCAUGCUCCAACUUAUGAAUCGAUAGAUCACGUAGCUUGUAUGUAUUGCGAAGUUGGGCUAGAAGGGUGGUUAUCUAAGGACGAUCCUAUAGAAGAACAUCGUAAAAGACUCCCUUCCUGCCCAAUUUUUGCUACGCCAGUUUCAAAAUUAAAAAAAGUAAAGGUGGCGGCACUUCCUUGUAACAAUAAUAGUUCUCGAAGAAAUACAGAAAAUGCUAUUAAAAUAGUUAACGAAGAUGAAUUGGAUGAACUAACAGAUCAGAUUAAGGAAGUUAAACAAGUUGAUGGCAUUAGAACAAAUGAGAAAGAAAAUGUCGAAUUAUUAGAUAAUGCUAAAAUAAUAGAGGAAGACAAGUUAGAAAAGUUAGAUAUAUUACAGAAUGAUCUCAAACCUGAAGAGGAAGUCGUCAAAGAUAACAGCAAAGAACCAUCCUAUGUUGCAGAAAUUAUUGAUUUGACUAGUGAUUCUGUCAAUGAUGAAGAGUUGAGAACAAUUUUACCAAUUGAAUGCGAAGUUAUAAACCUGGAUGAAUCAGAAUUUGAUCGAAAGAGUGAAGAGAUAUUACCAACAGAAUGCGAAGUUAUAAACCUGGAAGAAUCAGAAUUUGAUCAAAAUGAAGAAAUAUUACCAAUCGAAUGCGAAAUUCUUAGCAUAGAAGAUUAUAAUAUAAAUGAAGAACAUGACACAUCCAAUGGGAUAAUAAUUGAAGAUUUGGUUAGUAUUGAAGUUGAAAAGUCAGUCAAUCUUAAUAAAAUAAAAUCAUUGGAAUGCUUGAUCAAAGGUUCAAUGAAUAUUGGAGGUAAAGAAAAAUCUAUCCGUGAGAGCAAACUGACGGACCUACCAGUCAAAAGAUUAAUUGGUUCAUUUUAUGAACUUAACGAGAAUGAUACAAGUUCUGAUGUUCAAGAAGAUAGACAAAAUGACCUUUCAAAUUCAAAUGAUAAUGUAACAAGUCUGGAAAUCCAGAGAUUAUCAGCUGAAUUAAAUAAAGGAGAGGAAUUGGAUGAACUAACGGAUCAGAUUAAGGAAGUUGAACAAGUUAAUGACAUUAGAACAAAUGAGAAAGAAAAUGGCGAACGAUUAGAUAAUGCUAAUAUAAUAGAGGAAGAAAAGGAAGAAAGUUUAGAUAUAUUACAGAACGAAAAUCUGAUUAAAAGAAAUUCAUUGGAAUGCGAAGAAAAAUCUAUCCGUGAGAGCAAACUGACGGACCUACCAGUCAAAAGAUUAAUUGAUUCAUUUAAUGAACAUAAUGAGAAUGGUAUAAGUUUUGACGUCCAAGAAGAUUAUAGAGGAAAUGACCUUUCGAAUUCAGAUGAUAAUGUAACGAGUCUAGAAAUCCAGAGAUUAUCGGCUGAAUUAAAAAUACAUGAAUUAAAGAUUCUAGAAAGUAUCUCUGAUAACGCUGAUGAUUUUGAUAUAAUUAAUACAAAUGUGAGAAUGAGUGAUAUUGAUCUGAAUAAGGAAAAUAAUGAAAAGAUUAUCAGUCCACAAAAGUCCGAUAUGUGUUCCAACCUUACAGCUCCUGAAGGAUUGAAAGAAUCACGAAUUAUUCAGCUUAUGCCGCAUACCCCUCUUGCUAAACAUACUCCUGAAUCUACUGUUCCAACACGUACUAAUUGCAAUAAGAUUAAACCUUCAGCAUUCGUUACACCUAAAGAGCAGAAUGGAAAGGCAGCAUUUACCGUUGAAGAUUAUUUAAGAAGUUUAACGGAAACCCAACAUUUGAGACUGGUUGAGAAAACAAAUCAAAAAAUAGAAACUCUAAUAGAAUUAAAGAAAAGAGCUAAAGAAGCAAUAUUAUCAAUUCCUAUAAUAUAA